GUGCCCCAACCCCUAAACCCCGUAAACCCUAGCAAGGUUCACACGCCACCGCUCCUCUCGCCAUGGCCCUCUUCGCCGCAGCCCGCCGCGCCGCGGCAUCCGCGGCCCCCCUGAUCCUGCGCGCCUCCGCCUCCACCUCCACGGGGGCCCACCGCGGCUUGGCCCUGCUCCGGCCCCUCGCCGCCGCCGCGGCGCGGCCGCAUCCCCGCGCGAUGCCGUUCUCGUCGGCGCCCGCGGCGAGGCCCAGCUCCGACGCCGAGCUCCUCAGCGUCAUCGACUCCGAGAUCAAGUACGCCGAGGACUGCGACGACCACGACAGGGUUGAGGAGAUUCCAGAUAAUUUCCCUUUCAAAAUCACUGAUGAAAAGGGGAUGAAUGCAAUUACCCUUAAAAGGACAUAUCAUGGUGAGCAGAUUGAGGUUGUGGCUCACAUGCCCAGCCUAGUCACUGGAGAUGAUCCUGAUCAUGACCGGAAUGACGAGGACAAGGGUGAGGGGGGAGAUGGCAGCAAUGAAGAUCAAGGCGAGAAGCCCCCCCAGUCGAGCAUUCCUCUCACGGUCACUAUCACCAAGGGUGAUGGCCCCAUCCUUGAAUUCACCUGCACUGCCUAUCCUGAUGAGGUCAUCAUCGACUCCUUGUCCGUGAGCCAGCCAACCGGGAACGAUGAAAUUGACUUAAUUGCAUAUGAGGGUCCUGAUUUCAAUGACCUUGAUGAGAACCUGCAGAGGGCAUUCCACAAGUACCUGGAACUGCGUGGCAUCUCACCCCUGACGACAAACUUCUUGCAUGAGUACAUGAUCAACAAGGACAGCCGUGAGUACCUCCUCUGGCUGAGGAAGCUGAAGGAUUUCUUCAAGCAGUAGAGAUCAUGGCUGUCACUUCCCUCUUCCCAGGCAUGAGAUAGUCAAGUUUCUUUGCACAUUCAGAUUUUGGAGCGACAAGCUGCUUAUAAGGUUGGAACGUACGAUAUUUCGUAAAUGUAGGAUUCGAAGUUCUGUUGCUCUGCUCUUUAUUAUUACACCCACCGCCCCCUCACCCAGUGAGAGGGCGGUGCCCCAAGCGUUAACCUGAUCCUGAUUGACACCUCGUGGUGACAGGGCCGCUGCACCCUGAUUAUAUCUUGAUCGUUGCGUUGUCUAUUGUUUAUUGAUA